CAUUCAUACGCCAAACGCGAUAUAACACAUUUCAUUUUUCAUCCCAAACCCUAAUUCACAUCGAGAUCCGAACUAGUAUAGUAGAGUUUCGGAGAGAUCUGAAUCUUCAAUGGAACAUCGAAGAGUGAAAUUGCUGUUCCUUCUCUGCGCUCUUUGUUAUGCACUCAAUUCCUUUGCCGCAAAGAGCUAUUACGAUAUACUGCAAGUGUCGAAGAGUGCGGGGGAUGAUCAGAUUAAGAGAGCGUAUAGGAAACUGGCAUUGAAGUAUCAUCCUGAUAAGAAUCCGAGGAAUGAAGAAGCUAAUAAGAAAUUCGCGGAGAUUAACAAUGUGUGAUGGUUGCAGAGAAUCUGGAGGAACAUGUGGUACAAAUCAGAAUGAUUUUUCUCAUUUUUCUUGUAACUGUCCUUCUGGAAGUGGAACUCAUCAUGAUGCUGCAAAUUGUUCUUCUUAUCACAAGACGUUGAGUAUCAAACGAGCUUGGCAAAGGAAGUCGAAAGCCGCAAAAUUCUCAAUCGUCGUGACAGUGCUUACAUCGUUGGCCAUCGGAACCUGUCUAUUUUUGUUUUUCUUAUUCUUUAGGGAAAGACUUGCUUACAUAUUUACCUCAAACAAAGAGGUGGCUGUAGCGGUCGGAGAGUUAUCGCCUUUGUUAUCGAUCUCUACACUGCUAAGCAGUGUUCAACCAGUACUCUCAGGAGUGGCUAUUGGAGUAGAUGCAAAGCUGAAAAUAGGUUAUGAUUAUGUCAUAAGUGGUUUGUAUAAGCAUUCCAAAAAAGUCUCACAAAUGUGUAUGUCUAUGGAUAAGUUCAAUUAAGUUAAUUUAAAUGGG